UAUAAUAAUACACGAAUUGUCGCCUGAUAAGUGCCUGUGUGUCCACGGUGUACUGCAAAAAUCAUGAUCCAUGUGUAAUGUCGAAGAAGUACUGUUGUUGAAAGUUUAUUAAAGGUCCCGGAAGAGAGAUCAAGCGCAGCCAGUAUGUUGACCAAGUUCGAAACCAAGUCGGCUCGCGUGAAAGGCCUGUCCUUUCAUUGCAAAAGGCCGUGGAUUCUAGCCAGUUUACACAAUGGAAUCAUUCAGUUAUGGGAUUACCGCAUGUGUGCUUUACUGGACAAAUUUGACGAGCACGAUGGACCCGUCAGAGGCAUAUGUUUCCACAAUCAACAACCGUUAUUUGUGUCUGGAGGAGAUGAUUAUAAAAUAAAGAUUUGGAAUUAUAAGUUACGUAGAUGUAUAUUCACUUUACUUGGUCAUUUAGAUUAUAUUAGAACUACACAGUUCCAUCAUGAAUACCCAUGGAUCUUGAGUGCAUCAGAUGAUCAAACAAUAAGAAUAUGGAAUUGGCAGAGCCGUACCUGCAUAGCAGUAUUAACUGGACAUAAUCACUAUGUUAUGUGUGCUCAGUUUCAUCCAUCUGAAGAUAUGAUAGUAUCUGCUUCGCUGGAUCAAACAGUCAGAGUUUGGGAUAUAUCAGGUCUGAGAAAAAAAAAUGUUGCUCCUGGUCCAAAUGGAUUGGAUGAGCAUCUUAAAAAUCCUGGUGCUACUGACUUAUUUGGACAGGCUGAUGCUGUUGUUAAACAUGUUCUUGAAGGUCAUGAUAGAGGAGUAAACUGGGCUACCUUCCAUCCAACCCUACCUCUUAUUGUUACUGGAGCUGAUGACAGACAAAUUAAAAUAUGGCGUAUGAAUGAUUCAAAGGCUUGGGAAAUAGAUACUUGCAGAGGGCAUUACAACAAUGUGUCUUGUGUCCUUUUUCACCAAAAACAAGAUCUUAUUUUAUCGAAUUCAGAAGACAAAAGCAUUCGAGUUUGGGACAUGACCAAACGAACUUGUCUUCAUACUUUUAGACGAGAACAUGAACGAUUUUGGGUGCUCACUGCUCAUCCCACUAUGAAUCUAUUUGCUGCUGGACACGAUUCAGGGAUGAUUAUUUUCAAACUUGAGCGAGAAAGACCUGCCUACACAGUCCACAAGAAUAUUUUGUAUUACAUCAAGGAACGCUACCUUCGCAAACUUGACUUUAAUACUUCGAAAGAUGUCUCUGUGAUGCCAAUCAAAGGAAAUAGUAGAACUCCUCCCCAUAGUAUUUCUUAUAAUCAAGCUGAACACUCUAUUCUGGUGUGCUUUAGAAAUGCAACUAAUCUGGAAAACAGCACUUAUGACUUGUAUACAUUGCCAAAAGAGGAUGAGCAUUCAGAAUCUGAUUCCAAACGAGCUUCAGGAAUGACUGCCAUAUGGGUUGCGAGAAAUAGAUUCGCUGUUCUCGACAGACAUAUGAGUACUCAAUCAGUAAGUAAAGACCGUGUCCUUGUGGCACGUACACGUACGGUACAAUUGAAAAAUUUGAAGAAUGAGACGCUGAAAAAAAUCUCGAUGCCCAACUGCGACGAGAUUUAUUAUUCCGGCACGGGCUUGCUGCUCGUCCAGGAUCACGAUAUCAUUUCCCAGUACGACAUUCAGCAGAAGAAGUACGUGGCCGACGUGAAGGUGUCGAAGUGCCGCUACGUCGUUUGGUCCCCGGACAUGGCCUACGUCGCUUUCCUCUCCAAACAUUCCAUGGUAGUAUGCAACAAGAAAUUAGAAACUAUCUACACGAUCCACGAGAACACCAGAAUCAAAUCGGCCGUCUGGACCGACGAUUACGUGCUAAUCUACACGACCAGCAACCACAUCAAGUACGCCAUCAUAAACGGCGAUUACGGCAUCAUCCGCACGCUCGAUCUGCCGAUUUACCUCACCAAGGUCAAAGGCGAGCAGGUCUACUGUCUGGAUCGCGAGUGCAAGCCGCGCAUCCUCAGGAUCGACCAGACCGAGUUCAAGUUCAAGCUGUCGCUCAUUCACAAGAAGUACGAGGACGUGCUACACAUGGUGCAGUCGGCGAAUCUCGUCGGUCAGUCCAUCAUCUCUUACCUGCAGCAGAAGGGCUUCCCCGAGGUCGCGCUGCACUUUGUCAAAGACGAAAAGACGAGAUUCAGCCUGGCGCUAGAGUGCGGUAAUAUUCAGAUCGCGCUCGAGGCCGCGCGCGUUCUGGACAGCACCGCCUGCUGGGAGCGCCUGUCGCAGGCCGCGCUGCAGCAGGGCAAUCAUCAGAUAGCCGAGAUGUGCUAUCAGAGAAUCAAGCAUUUCGAAAAGUUGGCCUUUUUAUACUUAAUCACGGGAAAUCUGGAUAAACUGAAGAAGAUGACUAAAAUUGCUGAAAUCCGUAAGGACGUUUCCGGGCAGUAUCAAGGAAGCGUCGUGUUAGGAGAUAUGGCAGAUGUUGUUAAAAUAUUGCAGAGUGCAGGCCAAAAGUGUCUUAGUCAAUCGGCAAGUGCAGCUUACAAAUGCGAUUCUGACGAGCAACCCGGUGAUGUUAUCGUGGCGCCCAACGCCACCUACCUACGCCCUCCAGUUCCAGUCUACUCGUUCGAAAACAACUGGCCACUGCUGACGGUAUCGAAAGGAUUCUUCGACAAUCCAAUCAAGACCAGCAAGCACGAUCAUCUGAACGCCGCUGCGCCAAAGGAUGAGAAUCUCAUUCAAGACGGCUGGCUCAGCGACGAGGAGGACGCCAACGCCGGCGACGAUAACGACGAGAAAAACAGCUCGAAAGGCAGCGAGAACGGCCCCGAAGCCGGCUGGGACGUCGGUGACCUCGACCUGCCGGCCGACACCGAGUUCGCCAUGCCCUCGGAGGAGUACUUCACUCCGCCGAUCGCUGGACGUCCGGUAUCCGCAGCUUUCUCCGGCUCCGGCUACCUGCACGAUCACGCCGCCGGUGGAGCGUACGAGACAGCGUUCAACAAGCUCUUCAAGGAUAUCAGCGUAGCUUCGUUCGGCAAAUUGAAGCCCACGGCUAUGCGUUUGUUCCUCAGCUCGAGAAUGAUGGCGCCGUUCAACGCCAACUGCGGCUCCCUGUAUUAUUAUCCCGCGCGUAAUUGGAAGGUGGACACCCUCACGAAAGCGCCGAUGCCCGCCUUCAUCUUGAAAGUGCCCCAAUUGUCGAAGAUUCUUCAAGUGGGUUACAAUUUGACGACCAGUGCUAAACUGGACGAAGCCGUGGAGAAGUUCCAAAAGAUUCUACAUACCAUUCCGUUCAUCAUUGUCGACACAAAAGCAGAAAUCGCCGAGAUCGAUCAGUUGAUCAAGAUUUGUAAGGAAUACACGGUGGGUUUAAAGGUAGAAAUCGAGAGAAGAAAUAUUUCCAAUAGCAAGGAACCCGAUAUCAAGAGGAUUUGUGAAUUGGCCGCAUAUUUCACCCACAGUGAAUUGCAACCGAUUCAUCAGAUCUUAUCGAUCAGAUGCGCCGUUAAUACCAUGUUCAAGUAUAAGUACUACAAAUCGGCCAAGCUGUUCGCGAGACGCCUCCUGGAAUUAGGACCAAGACCCGAGAUAGUGCAGAAAAUCAAGAAGAUCAUGCAGGCCUGCGACGCUAAUCCCACGGACGCGACGCCACUGGAAUACGACGAGUACAAUCCCUUCCAUACUUGUGCCGCUUCCUACAAGCCCAUCUACAAAGGCUCGCCGAUCGUGCAUUGCAACUACUGCGACGCGGCUUAUCAAAUGUCGUUCGCCGACGAGGUAUGCAGAGUUUGUGAUUUGGCUCUGAUAAAUCACAGAGAAAAUCAGCCCGCCGGCGGUAAAUCUUAGAAAACACCUGCAUGAAGUAUUUCUAUGAAAUUGUGAAUGCUCACAAAAAGAAAAUGUUUUAUUAUUUUCAUGUAAUCUUUAAAGCAUUAUAUGUUUCGUCAUUGAAUAUGUUUAUUAUUUAACUUAAUAUUUUUAAUAAAAUAAUUAUAUAACAAUGUA